UCUAAAUACGCACAACAUUUUUUAUUUUACCAUUCGGUUUUGCGGUUUGCUUCGAUAGUGAUUUGGUGCGCGAGUGACUGGCUGCAGUGGAGCUGUUCAUUCAAUACAAGCGCGACACUUGGCGAUGAAGCUGAAACCACCAGCUACAGAAGCGUAAUCUCUUACAUUGCCAAAAUUACGGGCGGAAUUAAAUACAACUCUCUGUCUCCGGCCUCUCAAAGGAGAGACAGGAGGUUCAUCAUGUCUGCUAAAGAGAGACUAAAAGGGAAGGUGACCAAAGACAGCGUCACCUUGCUGCCUUGUUUCUAUUUCGUUGAGCUCCCGAUCAUGGCUUCCUCUGUGGUCAGCCUGUAUUUCCUGGAGCUGACCGACGUGUUCAAACCGGUGCGGUUGGGCUACAGCUGCAAUGACCGCAGUCUGAGCAUGCCCUACAUCAGGCCCGCUGAGGAAGUCAUCCCUUUCCUCAUGCUCUUCAGCCUGGCCUUCGCUGGACCUACAGCUACGAUAAUGAUAGGAGAAGGUAUCCUGUAUUGCUGUCUGUCUAGGAGAAAGACUGGGGUCAAAACAGAGGCCAAUAUCAAUGCAGCCGGCUGCAAUUUCAACUCGUACAUACGGCGUGCAGUUCGGUUUGUUGGGGUCCACGUAUUUGGACUGUGCCUCACGGCUCUCAUCACUGAUGUCAUCCAGCUGUCGACGGGCUACCACGCCCCAUACUUCCUGACAGUGUGUAAACCCAAUUACACCACGCUCAACUUGACCUGUGACGACAGCUCCUUCAUCACAGAGGACUUCUGUUCUGGAGGAGCAGACCCAGCCAUCAUCAACGCUGGCAGGAAGUCCUUUCCCUCGCAGCAUGCCACCCUGGCCGCCUUCGCUGCUGUCUACGUCUCUAUGUACUUCAACGCUACGCUGACGGACUCCUCCAAGCUGCUGAAGCCCCUGCUGGUCUUCACCUUCAUUAUGGGUGGCAUCAUCUGUGGCCUGACCCGCAUCAUCCAGUUCAAGAACCACGCCAUCGACGUCUACUGUGGCUUCCUCAUCGGAGGCGGGAUCGCCGUCUACCUGGGUCUGUAUGCAGUGGGUAACUUCCAGCCUACUCGGGACACGUCCAGACAGCAGCCCCAGCCUCCCCCGCUCCGCGAGCCCCCCAGGAGCAACACCGUGCCCAACGUCAGCCAGAGCGCAGGGCGCCACCUGCAGCCCAACAGCCUCAACAGCAUGAACAGCCUGAACAGCAUCAGCACCACCGAUAGCCUCACCGCCGCCCGUCCCGCGACCCUCCUGACCCGGGUCCCCUCCUGCCGUGAGUCCAGCUCCCUGAACAACCUGAAGAGGGCCAGUGCUGAUGUGGAGUGCAUCACCUCGUCAAGCACGCUGUGUAAACAGGACAGCCUGGUGACCUUUAACAGUAGCACGUUACCCAGGUCGCAUGGCGGCUCGCUCCCCGAAGAGCACCGGGUCCCACGCCGCCACGCGAGCAUCCACGCCUCCAUGGACUCCACGCGCUCCAAGCAGCUGCUGUCGCAGUGGAAGAGCAAGAACGAGAACCGCAAGUUCUCACUGCAGGUGAUGGACAGUGGGGUGGUGGUGGGACGCCACCAUUCAACAUCCUCCUCCUCGCCCCAGAGGACCAUGGAGCUGAGGUGCAGCUCUGAGCCGUCCGCCAUGGGCCUGGAGGCGGAGCUCCGUGCUCAGGGCCACAUCCCCGCCCAGUACAUGAAGCUAGCAGCUAGCAUCGUGCCGCUGUCCAACCACCUCCCCCACAAUGGGGGCAGCAGCGGCCUGGCCACGGGGGCCCGCGUCUCCAUCCAGUCCCGGCCAGGCUCCUCCCAGCUGGUCCACAUCCCGGAGGAGACCCAGGAGCACAACAGCAGCACCUCCACCAGGGAGGAUGAGGAUGACGAGGACAGAGAUGAUAGCUAUGUCGGCGGUGGGAUCCCCGGCGGGGGAGGAUCAGCGCGCUCCAAGUGGCUGAAAGUGGCCAAAGAGGGCGCCCUGUGCAGGACUAACAGCCUAACUAACCAGCCGCGCAUCAUGCAGGUCAUCACCGUGUCCAAGCAGCAGGGUCUGCUCCAGCACGGCAGCCCCAAGAGCUCUGAGGACGGUAGCGUGGUCAGCUGCACAGGCUCCAUCCAUUACAAGGCCCUGACGGACCAGGAGCCCGGCCAGGGCAUCGUAAGGGUGGAGGCCCACCCGGAAAACAAGCCUGUGAUCAAGCCUCCGGACGGCAGUGGCUCCUGGAGGUGGAAGCCGCAGGAGCAACGGGGUAGCAUCCGUCAGUCCUUUGAGCUCAACGACCUCAACCGCGACUCGGAGAGCUGCGACUCGCUCAAGGACGUCUACGGCUCCAUCGACGGGAGGAUGAGUCAGACGGGUACGGACACUGGCAGCGAGCGUGGCGGUGGGGGAGGGGGUCACCCCUAUGUGCACCACCCACACUACCACCACCACCACCCCCACCAGGGCAUCACCACCAUCCGUGUGACCCCUGUGGAGGUACUAAGUGGAGGGGGCAGCGAGGCCGCCUCCGAGACCCUUUCCAUCGCCUCCAGUCGGGAGUCCACCCUGCGGAGGAAGGGCAAAAUCAUCCUGCUCCCGGAUAGAGGUCCAAGUCCGGACAACUCCAGGAACUAUUUCAAAGGGGCCUCCCCCACACCGCCCCCCACCCUGGGUCUGGCAUAUAGGGAGUGAACAGCUGCACAGUCAGCACUUAUUCUUACCAUUCCCCCUUACUGCCCAUGUGGUGGUCCUAUCUGCC